GGUGUCACAUGACCCGCUGUGGGGCAACAUGGUGGCGGCCGCGAUGCUGCGCCGGGACUGAGCGACGGCGAGUGUGGCGCGCUCCUUCCCGGGGUGAGGAGUGUGUCAGCGUGAGGAAGGGGUCCCCGUCUCCCCGCUCCUGUCCCCGACGUCGCCUGCGCCGCACGCGUCCUCUCCUCCGUCGGAGCCGGAGGGAAUGACGAGGUCCGCGGCUUUGACCCUUCGUGCUCUGUGCCUCGGAGCACGCUCCUAGCCGACCGUGGGCAACCCUCCUCGCCGCCUCUCCUCCACCCUCCUCCGGUCGGAGGUGGCACCGGAGCGUGGGCGGGACCAUGGCCGGGUCGGACACGGCGCCGUUCCUCAGCCAAGCGGACGACCCAGAUGACGGGCCGGCGCCUGGCCAUCCGGGGCUGCCGGGGCCCUUGGGGCAUCCUAAGUCCGGGGAGCCAGAGGUCCCGGAUCCUGAGGGGCUGCAGCGCAUCACUGGGCUAUCUCAGAGCCGCUCGAUCCUCAUCGUGGCGGUGCUAUGCUACAUCAACCUCCUCAACUACAUGGACCGCUUCACCGUGGCUGGCGUUCUUCCCGACAUCGAGCAAUUCUUCAACAUUGGGGACGGUAGUUCUGGCCUCAUCCAGACUGUGUUCAUUUCCAGUUACAUGGUGUUGGCUCCAGUGUUUGGCUACCUGGGUGACAGGUACAAUCGAAAGUACCUCAUGUGCGGGGGCAUUGCCUUCUGGUCCCUGGUGACACUGGGGUCAUCUUUCAUCCCCAAAGAGCGUUUCUGGCUGCUCCUCCUGACCCGGGGCCUGGUGGGGGUCGGGGAGGCCAGUUACUCCACCAUUGCGCCCACUCUGAUCGCCGACCUCUUCGUGGCAGACCGGCGGAGUCGGAUGCUCAGCGUCUUCUACUUCGCCAUUCCCGUGGGCAGCGGCCUAGGUUACAUUGCCGGCUCCAAAGUGAAGGAUGUGGCUGGAGACUGGCACUGGGCUUUGCGGGUCACACCAGGUCUCGGGGUGCUAGCUGUCCUGCUGCUGUUCCUGGUGGUCCAAGAGCCCCCAAGAGGAGCUGUGGAGCGCCACUCAGGCUCACCGCCCCUGAGCCCCACCUCAUGGUGGGCAGAUCUGAAGGCGUUGGCACGAAACCCUAGUUUCGUCCUGUCUUCCCUUGGCUUCACUGCUGUGGCCUUCGUCACGGGCUCCCUGGCUCUCUGGGCACCGGCGUUCCUGCUGCGCUCCCGUGUUGUGCUGGGAGAGACUCUGCCCUGUCUCCCUGGAGACUCCUGCUCUUCUUCUGACAGUCUCAUCUUUGGACUCAUCACCUGCCUGACUGGAGUCCUGGGUGUGGGCCUGGGUGUGGAGAUCAGCCGCCGCCUCCGCCGCUUCAACCCUCGCGCCGACCCGUUGGUCUGUGCAGCCGGCCUCCUGGGCUCCGCACCUUUCCUCUUCCUGUCCCUGGCCUGUGCCCGGGGUAGCAUCGUGGCCACCUAUAUUUUUAUCUUUAUCGGGGAGACCCUGUUGUCCAUGAACUGGGCCAUUGUGGCAGACAUCCUGUUGUACGUGGUGAUUCCAACUCGCCGUUCCACUGCUGAGGCCUUCCAGAUAGUGCUGUCUCAUUUGCUGGGUGACGCAGGGAGCCCUUACCUCAUCGGGCUGAUCUCCGACCGCCUCCGACGGAGCUGGCCACCUUCCUUCUUGUCUGAGUUCCGGGCCCUGCAGUUCUCACUCAUGCUCUGUGCUUUUGUUGGGGCACUGGGUGGUGCGGCCUUCCUGGGCACCGCCAUGUUUAUUGAGAAUGACCGCCGGAGGGCCCAACUCCACGUGCAGGGUCUGUUGCAUGAGACAGGGCCCUCAGAUGAGCGGAUUGUCGUGCCUCAGCGAGGCCGUUCUACCCGGGUCCCUGUGUCCAGCGUGCUCAUCUGAAGAGCUGUUGCUCGCCUAGCCACAGAUUCGUCAUGGCUGGUCCUGGGCCUACCCCAGCCGGUGCCCGGGCAGAAGCCUUCACCAGGCCCAGGUCCAAGGAAGAGGCCCUGGGGUAUGUCCCAGUUCCCAGACACUACAUGGGCAGCCCAAGGAAGAGAUUGGGGUCCAGAAAUGGGGGGUGUCCUCUGCACUAGGGCAGCCCGAGGGGUUUGGUGCUAUUUGUAAUGGAAUAAAAUUUGUAAGCAGA